AUGAGUUCAUCAGCUGAACAACUCCCACUUUCCUUGUUGAUUACCUUCUUUACCGAGGCCAACAAGAGACUCCAAGAGGAAAAGGAAGCAUCAUUAAAAGAAGAAUGGAGUGAAGAACAAGAAAAAACCAUUGAAGCCCUUCUCAAUGGUAUUGUCGAAAAGGCAAAGCAACAAGCUAGCUAUACCGGUGCCGAUGUGAACGAAACCUCGCUGAGAGAAGCCGGAUUUGCUCAAGGAGGCGAAUCUGAAGAGCUCUGCUCCCUCGUUACAAAGUUCUUUGAAGUCAGACCAAUGGCCAAGUCUCAAUCAAAGAAGGUGUCCAAGAGAGUGGAAAAGAUGCAAAAGGAAAGAGAAAAGUCAAAAGAAAAGGAAAAACAACAACAACAAAAACUCGAAGAAGCCAAGAAAAUUUCAUUCCAAGAAGAUACAUCACUUCCAGAGGCUAAACAUAUUAAAAUCAGAGAUGUCGGACCACAAUAUGAGGGACAACGUGUGAUGAUUUAUGGUUGGUGUCAUAGAAUUAGAGUCCAAGGAAAAGGACUUUUAUUCAUCACUCUCAGAGAUGGUACAGGCCUACUCCAAACUGUAUUGAGUGGAGUUUUGUGUCAAACCUAUGAAGCUUUAACUCUUCAUUUGGAAUCAUCUGUAAUGAUCAAAGGUACAUUGAAGGCAGAUCCAAGAGCUCCAAUGGGCUUUGAAUUGCAAGCUGAUUUCUGGAAAUUGAUCGGAACAUCACCAGAAAGUCUUCCAUUCAACGAAGAAGUGAAAGAUCCAGUGAUUUUGCUCGACCAAAGACACUUGAUUUUAAGAGGAGAAUAUACUUCAGCUAUCUUAAAGAUUCGUUCAGCAGUUUUACAAAGCUUCCGUGAACAUUAUUAUUCACGUGGUUAUACUGAAAUCACUCCUCCAACUCUUGUUCAAACUCAAGUUGAAGGUGGUUCAACACUUUUCAAAUUUGAUUACUUUGGUGAGGAUGCGUUUUUGACUCAAUCAAGUCAAUUAUAUUUGGAAACAGUCAUUCCUGCAUUAGGAGACAGCUUCUGUAUUGCUCAAUCGUAUCGUGCAGAGAAGUCUGACACUCCACGUCACUUGAGCGAAUUUACUCAUGUUGAGGCAGAGAGACCAUUCAUUUCUUUUGAGGAUUUAUUGAAUACUUUGGAAGAUUUAGUUUGUGACGUUACAGAAAGAGUUUGGGCAAAGUGCAAGGAUUUGGUAUUGAAGGUCAACCCUGACGCACAAAAACUUAAGGAUUGUUUGAAACGCCCAUUCAAACGCAUGACUUAUGCUGAUUGUAUUCAAUUCUGCAGAGACAAUCAAGUUUACAAAGAUGAGGAAACAAAGGAGCUCUUUGAAUUUGGUGAUGACAUUACUGAUGCACCAGAAAGAAAGAUGUUGGAAAAAAUUGGUGAACCAGUCCUCAUGAUUAAAUUCCCAGCUAACAUGAAGGCUUUCUACAUGAAGAGAUGUGAAGAUGACAACUCGCUGACUGAAUCUGUUGACUUGUUGCUUCCAGGUGUUGGUGAAGUUAUUGGUGGAAGUAUGCGUCUCGAAUCCUUCGAUACUCUCAUGGAAGGAUAUAAGAAGGAGGGAAUUAGUGCUGAACCAUAUUACUGGUAUAGUGACCAAAGAAAGUAUGGCACUUGUCCUCAUGGUGGUUAUGGUUUAGGUCUUGAAAGAUACAUGCUGUGGUUGUUGAGAGAAGAAGACGAAGAAAAGAGAAGAGUCAAGACAGUAAGACAAACAUGCUUGUAUCCACGUUAUAUGGGUAGAUGUCGACCUUAA